CGCCUAGCGCAACCAGCUGCAGCCCAGCCGCAAGCGCCAGCUAAUGAGGGGGCGGGGCCGCCCGCCUGCCACUGCUGCCCAGCUCACCUGGCCGCCUCCGGCCACCCAGAGGCUCGCCAUGCGCUUGAACUUUACUUGAUACUUUACUUACAAAGCUACUGGGCUGCGUAGCAGGAACGUGCUUGUCCCGCCCUCGCGGAUAGCUGCCGAAGGGUGGUGUAUCGCCCAGUUUUCUGAAGAGCUGAGUGGCCUGCCAUGGGGAACCAUGUAGGAAAACGAGAUCAGAGCGCUGAGAAGCCUAUUAAGGAUUCUGUGAUCAUCUCCACUGAGGCAGGACCAAGUACACCUAGACCAUCCCUGGAGACAAAAGUGGAGGAAGUGGAGGAAGCUGAAAAUAAAGCAAGCCCUAAAGCAGCCAGACUAACCAAACAACCCUCAGAAGAUAAUGAAGUGUUUGGAGAGGCAGAUGUGAACCAGAACAAUGGGACCUCCACUAAGAGCACAGCGGUGACAGACUCCAAGGGCACAGCAGACUCAAAGAAUGCCUGGAAGGAGGCCAACCCAGCUGACACGGUUGGUCGCCCCCACUUGAUCCGCCUCUUUUCCCGAGAUGCCCCAGGAAGGGAAGACAACACCUUCAAAGAUCGGCCCUCAGAGUCAGACGAGCUACAGACCAUUCAAGAGGACAGUGCUGCAACUUCAGAGAACUCGGAUUUGAUGGCUUCACAGAAACGCUCCUCUUUCCGGCACGGAUCAAAAAUGGCAACUGCAAGCACCAUAGACCAUGCUAGACAUGGAUCUCCAAGGCACAGAGACUCGGGUCUACUUGACUCGCUGGGCAGAUUCUUUGGAGGUGAAAAACAAGUUCCCAGGAGGGGCUCGGGCAAGGACAUACAUGCAGCCAGAGCUAGCCAUGUAGGUUCCAUGCCCCAAAGGUCUCAGCACGGGCGGCCUGGUGACGACAACCCAGUAGUCCAUUUCUUCAAGAACAUCGUGUCACCUAGGACACCACCCCCAGAGCAGGCAAAGGGGAGAGGAUUAUCCCUCGCCAGAUUUAGCUGGGGAGGUGAAGGACACAAGCCAGGGUAUGGAGGAAGUGGCAAAUUCUCCGAGCAUAAAUCUGCUUAUAAGGGACAUAAGGGAUCAUACCAUGAUGGCCAGGGCACUCUUUCCAAAAUCUUUAAACUGGGAGGAUCUGGUUCCCGACCUGGAUCACGGUCUGGUUCUCCAGUUGCUAGACGCUGAAGUUCUAAGACGUCAUUCAAGGAACAUGUACUCUGCUUCAUA